AUGCUGCGCCACGGCCCAGCCACACUUGGGCUCGCCCGCAGGCAACCAACCUCGCCUCCACCAGAACCCAACUCAUUCACAUUUCUUCAAUUCUGCCCCGAUUUCUGUUUAGAAAGGCAUCUUCGUUCAGACGCCACAGGUGGUUGGGACGGGCUUUCCCCCUCCAAACCCGACGCACGCACGCUACCGUUCCGCUGUGUGCACCCGCCGUAUUUCAUGCCGUUUGUCGCAAACACGCCCGAGUCGCUGCUCGCGCGCUCCGACUCCAAGAACCCCAAGUCUACAUGUCGCGGCAUCACCUCGGCUGGCCGUCCGUGCCGCCGGCCGCUGAGCGCGCGCCCCGACGCAGGCAGACCCCGCCUGACCGCCUUCUCCGACGACGACCCUGCGGAGGAGAACUUCUACUGCUGGCAGCACAAGGAGCAGGCGAGCCGCUCGGCACGCUCUAGCCCGGGGCCAAAGGGGGGAGCGGUGCCGACGAUUCGCGAGGAACGCACCAGCCUCGACACGCUGGCCGACCGGCUCGGCUUGGUGGACAUUGGCGACAAGCACACCACCGCUGGCAGGCCUGCAAGGAAGCCGCUUGGUAGACGCGAGGACGCCACCAUCUAUCCACCGGGAUAUCAGGGGAAACCGGGGCGACCCCCUAGGCCGCAGCAGCACAAAAGGGAGAAGAAGAAGACGAGCCAGCUCCAAUUUUGCUGCUGCUUUAGCAUUCCGAUUCAGCAGGUCGACCAUGAGCCAGCAGAAAAGCCAAAGCCAGCAAGACCCUCAAAUCAGCCAUACCAGCAGGAGCCGAUGCCGACCUAUCAGCCGCAGCGACCAUCCCCAGCAGCAUACUCGAAUCGCCCUCGACCACCCUCGUAUCAGCCGCCUUUGCCGUCACCUGCCAAAAGCUACAGGUCAGAGACCUCCAUCACAGCGCAACUAAAGACCGUCAUACCCGACUCAGUCGAUGCCGCUACGGCAGCCUUGCUCAUGGCCGAGCUCGUGCGGCCCGUCGCCGAAUCCGACGAGCCCGGCUACAUCUACAUGUUCUGGCUCGUGCAGGACUCGGAUGCCAGCGACCAGCAGCACCAACGGGCUCCCGUCGAAGCCGCACGGUCGCUGCUCGCCCCUCCGCCGCCAUCCACCGCGCGCGGCCGCCGCGCCAGCGACGCCGUCUCCCGCUACGCCUCGCAGUCGCACCGCGACGGCCGGCCGGGCAAACAAACGAUGCUGCUCAAGAUUGGCCGCGCCGCCAACGUGCAGCGGCGGAUGAACCAGUGGCAGCGCCAGUGCGGGUACGACGUCGAGGUCCUGCGGUACUACCCGUACACGUCCUCGUCCACGCCGACGCCGUCCCCAGGCCGUCCUCGGCGUGGGAGCGGCGACACGCCCCCGGCGCCGGCGGCAGGCAUGAUGACGCCGCACGCCAAGCGUGUGGAGCGGCUGGUGCAUAUUGAGCUCACCGGCAUGGGGCUCCGGGCGGAAAGGGAGACGUGCAAGGCCUGCGGUAGGGAUCACAGGGAGUGGUUCGAGGUGGGCACGACGAGAGAGGAUGCUCGAAAGGUGGACGAGGUGAUUCGGAGGUGGGUGGAGUGGGAUUGUCGGGAUGAGUGA